CAAAAAAACAAAUUACAACCAAACAAAGAGAACUUACAUUAAAAGAAACAAACAACACAACAUAUAAAGAUCAAAGCAAUGAAAUAUCACAAAAAAACCCUCAACAACAAAUAACUACUUUAUCGGAAUACACAACUUAUAAUACAAUUCAACAUCAUGGUCAAAAAAAUAAUAUAUCAAAAAAUAUGUUCUGGUGGGAUACAAGAUACACUUUGAAUAAAAAUGCUUUGAUGCCAUUAACUUUUUCAUGGGAUCAAAUAUGUCUCUACUGUUCAACAGUACUUUUCACUAGUGAACUUGCUGAGUUUUGCUGUAAUCAAGGAAAACACCUUAUAUUAUUAUUGCCCCAUUAUUCUAUGAAUAUGAAUAUUAUUCUUAGUGAUCCUAAAAUUAGCAGUUUUUUACAAAAACUCAAUGCACUUUUCUCUUUCACAGCAAUUGAAAUUCAAGUUUAA